UAUGUGCUUAUGGUGCGGAAUACGCCAAAAAAAUUCCAAAGAAGAAGAUGAGCGUUGCGUCAUUUCCCGUGCGCCCCAGACUGUGUGCAUGAUCCGUGUGCUGCUUUUGUUAUAAGAUAACGUUACCUCUGUUUGUUAUCAGUUAGGCGAUAUAUAAAGGGAUCAGAAAUUAGAAUAGCUGGUGUGAUGGCUGAAGCGAUUCAUAAGAAAUUACAGUCUGAGUUGGAGAAAUAUCAACAAAUGCAAAAAGAUGUCAGUAAAAGUAUGUCAUCAAGACAGAAACUGGAGGCACAGUUGACUGAAAAUAAUAUCGUUAAGGAGGAGCUUGCAUUGUUGGAUAGCCAAAAUACAGUUUACAAACUAAUUGGACCAGUUUUGGUCAAACAAGAUCUAGAUGAAGCCAAAGCAACAGUGAGCAAGAGAUUAGAAUACAUCAAUGGUGAAAUUCAGCGCUAUGAAUCUUUACUGAAGGAGAUGGAGAGGAAAUCUGAGCAGCAUCGGGAAGUUCUGUCCAGCCUGCAGCAGGAGUACCAGCGCGCUCAGGGUCAGGCUGUUGGGAAGGUCUAAAUGGAUUAUAAUUCUGGACACUAGUCUUAUCCAGCAAAACUCAGAGACUGAAUAUGCCUGCUAAUAACACUUGCUUGUUCACAUGUCUGUUAAUGGAAUUCUGUUGGU